AUUGAAAUGAACAGGAUCAGCAAAUGUAGAAUGUGAGUGAAUUAAAUGACUUUAAAGUCGGCGGUUGUGUAACAGCAGCAUUAGCCCUCAACAGCGCCUCAGGAGCUAACCAAAACUGUGCACAUCAAGUGGACCACCACAGCGGACCACUUCCUGACUCGCUGGCAGGAUGUGAUGCGCACAGGGCUGUUCCACACCCCAGGGCUAGGAGACUCUGAGCACACUUUGGCGAUGGACGUGAGAGACGACUUUGCAGAUGACAGCGAGUGCCACAGUAACAACUCCCAGGAAGCCGAAGAGCAAGACAGCGUGACAGAUGAUAGUUUCAGCGACCUGGACAACCACGGCGAGGACUCGUCCUCCAACACCUCGGCCGAUGACGGCAUGACCGGACACAAGCACCGCCGCCAUUGUUCACAGCACGGAGGAGUCAAAGAGGAGCAUAAAGACAUUGGAGACUUGGGGGGGCGAAGCUACGUCUGCCCCUUGUGCACCCUCGAGUUCAACCACUCGGAGCAGCUGAUCGCCCACGUUUACCAGCACACGUCGUCCGUGGGUGGCAGCAAGAGCUACGUGUGCCCAGUGUGUGGGCGUGCGCUCAGCUCGCCAGGCUCCCUGGGCCGCCAUCUUCUCAUCCACUCCGAGGACCGGCUGUCCAACUGCGCCGUGUGCGGGGCGCGCUUCACAGACACCACCAAUUUCAACAGGGAGAAACUGAAAGACUUCUUCAACUCCAGCAGCAUGGACAUGCCACACGGCAUCGGUAGCGGUGGCUGCGGCGUGGAUGGGAGCUGCUCCAUGGGCCAACCCCACCAGGGCUCCCAUCACCAGGGCUCCCAUCACCAGGGCUCCCAUCAUGGCUCCCACCAGGGGUCUCACCAGGGGCCCCACCAGGUGUCCAGUGGAGGGCCCCCGCCACACCCCUCCUCGGGCCCUCCGCUCCCCGCCCUGCCCGACAGCCUCCUCUCCCCCUCCAACCCUCCGUCCCUGCCCCCUCUCCCGGACCCCCUGAGCCCCACGGGCGGGGCGGGCGCUGGGCUGCCGCCGCUGCCCGACCUGCUGAACCCCAUGCCCGUGUACCCGUCCGGGGUGCUCCUGGUGUGCAACGGCUGCGCGGCGUACCAGCAGCUGAGCGAGUCCCACUCGCCGUCCAUGCGGCGCUGGGCGUCCCGCCGGCGCAACGAGCCCGUAGCGGCACGCAUGCAGCGGCUGGAGCGCGAGCGCACGGCCAAGAAGAGCAAGCGCGCCUGCGAGUCGGCCGAGGAGCGCGAGCUGCGGCGCAUGCGCGACCGCGAGGCCAAGCGGCUGCAGCGGCUGCAGGAGACGGACGAGCAGCGCGCGCGCCGGCUGCAGCGCGACCGCGAGGCCAUGCGCAUGAAGCGCGCCAACGAGACGCCCGAGAAGCGGCAGGCGCGGCUGGUGCGCGAGCGCGAGGCCAAGCGGCUCAAGAGGCGGCUGGAGAAGAUCGAGCCGGGCCUGAGGGUGCAGAUCGAGCACGACCCCGCCGCCAUGGCCGCCCUCACGGCCGACAUGAGCCUCUUCCAGUUCCCCUACCCGCUGCAGGGGGGCGGCGCCGUCACCCCGCCGGCCUCCGCGCCCUCCUCCAUGGACAACGGGCUCUUCAUGCGCCUGGGCGAGUCCGUGCCGCAGCUGCCCCUGGCCUUGAGGCCCCUGGGCUCCGACUGCAAGAUGGGCGUCAGCGAGUCCGCACAGAACCAGUGACACAACACACGGUGUCCCUUUACACUAUGACCCCUCAGUGACUUUCAGUGACCUUGAUCUGGGGCCACACACACUGACCCAGGACGAACACACACACACACACACACGGACAGAAAUAACACAAUAAACUGUUACCUACAAUGAUGGACCUCUGACUGGAUGGAUGCCCUCCAGUUACAUCGGAGGUUAUCAGAGACAUAAAAUAAUGAAACAGGACAAACUGAACUGAAAAAAUUUACUGAACUGAACACUUUGUGAGCAGACAUUUGCAACUCUAUCAUGAAACACAUAGACUUCCUUUAUCGAAGGAAGUGA